AUGCUGAUAAGUUGGGAUGUUCUGGAAUGGGUGGUUGAACUAGUACAAGAGUUGUACAGGAUGUUUCUAGUUACAGGGAAUACGGAAUUUAGAAAUAGUCCAGUAGCUGUCUCGAUAUCCUCACAGUUAGACCAUGGACAUGUUAAUCCCAUUGCUAACGGAGAAUUCACAAUAUUUACCCCGCUGUCGCCACCACAUUUCAAUAAUAACAUUUUUCUUGCAACCGAUCAGAUAAAACACACUCGAACACUGGAAAGCGAUAGUGAAGAUGGUUUGAUAAAUUCAUGGUUCAGUUCAUCAGAGAAGGACUUUCCGAGAAUAAAAUUGAAGUAUAUCAGGGAACUUGGAAAGGGUUGGUUUGGAAAGGUUGUAGAAGGUGCAGCCCAAGACGUAAAUAAUGAGAGUAAUGCAUGGACGCCCGUUGUAGUUAGGAUAUUAGAUGCAAGUUCUAGUCAGAAGGAAAAAAUAUUAUUUUUACAAGAUGCAGCAAUUUAUAAAUGCGGUAGUCAUGGAAAUAUUUUGAAAUUGAUCGGAAGAUGUCUAGAUACAGUUCCGUAUUUGUUGCUGCAGGAAUACUGCCCCCAGGGUGAUCUGAAAGGAUAUUUAAGAUCCAGAAAGCCCCAUGCCGAGAGUUUUUUGACGUCCGAUUAUCCUUUGCUUUGGUGUUGUCAGAUAACUUCAGCUCUCAAACAUCUUCAUGACAACAACAUUUCACACCCCGAUUUGGCUAGUCGAAAUUGCCAGCUCACCUCCAAUUUGACGUUGAAACUUGGCGACUAUGGACUUGGUGUUUUCAAAUACCCGAACGACUACUAUCAAAGUUCUCCGGGAGUGUCUGUCAGAUGGUGUGCACCAGAAGCACUCACCUACACCCAAACGACGAUCCAACCCAAGCCAGUUUCACCCGAAAGUAACGUUUGGUCUUUGGGAGUGACGAUGUGGGAAAUUUGCGAGUGCGGAGAACAACCUUAUUCGUCGUUGAGUGAUGAUGAGGUGAUUUCGCAAGUAUUGGGACCUGCUAACCUCAGGCUAUCCAGGCCUAGCUUUUCUGUGCUCUAUACGGAUUACAUGUGA